UUCAUAUUUCAAAGGAAAAAUCAGUCACAGUUUAUAGAGAAUACAAAUAUUACAACAUAUGUAUGAUAAGAUUACAACUGCUUUUAAUCAGGUGUAGGUGAAAGAUAAGCGUCAUUCUUUUUUGAAAUUACACUUCGAUCAAAUCUAAAGAUGCCAGUUUAUAGGUGGUUGAACCGAAGUGCAGGGCAAAGUUUGCCGGAAACUGCGAUUCUCGGAGGUCGUGAUGUAGACGGUAGUUCGAUUUACGUUGGCAGAGCCUUUCACGAGGGUGACAUGCUUCCCGCAAAAGUAAUCCCUGAUAAACAUGUCGCCUACGUAUGUUAUAAUGGUGAAGAACAUUCUAAACACGAUUUCGAAAUUUUGUGUCAAGGAGAAUUCGCAUGGGAGUUCUGCAGCAAUGGAGCUGUCCCAAGUGAUGCGGUAGUCGCAGGACAGACCUCUAGUGGAGAACCUCUGUAUGUUGGCCGUGUUCUCCAUAAUGGAUCCCAAACAGUUGGCAAGGUUCAAGCCAGUCACGGAUGCUUGUACAUACCUUUCGACGGCGAAGAAUUAUCUUUCAAAGAUUACGAAGUUCUCGUAAUUCAUUAAUUAAAAUUAAAGUUAACGAGAAUCGCAUGACUAAUAUUUUUAUUAAAAACUGUACACAUUCGUUUAAAACGACACAACGAGAAAGAAGAAUAUGAAACGUUGUUUAUCAUUUCUUAUUGUUUGACUUGCAAUAAAAGACUUGCAUUUUGAUA